AUGUAUUUGAGUCCCUUGAUAAUGAAGUAUAGAGAAAUGCAUAAUGAAAAUAAUAUGAAUUGUUAUGAGGAUUUCAAAUUUUGCUCCAGUCCCUUGUGCCUUGUAAGAGUUGAAGAAAGUCAUCUAUGUAUCUUUUCUUUCACUUUGAUGAGUUGA